GGCGGCGGAGGCUUCAGAAAAAUGAUGCUUUAAAGUUCCGUGUAAGCAAAGUCAGUGAAGUUAGUGAAACUGAAAGGAGCAAGCAGCUGAGAUUUCUGAUACUGAGAUAUAAGGGGGAUGGACUUGAAGCUCGAUGGAGAAAGGGUUUGCUGGUUUGUGAUAAUAUGGGUUCGUUUUCUCGUUGUGUUGUUGGUUUAGUGUUGGUGGUUUUGAUUGUUGGUGACGUGGCGUUUGCUGAUGAUGAGAAUAAUGAGAAGUUCUUGCAUAAGAAGCAUUUUCCGCGUAAGACUUUUCCGGGGAAAGGUUUAGGGCAUAAGAAAGGGUAUAAGCAUAAGAUUGGUGGCGGCAACGGAGGAGGUGGUUUAGGAGGUGGUGCUGGCGGCGGAGUAGGUGGUCUAGGUGGUGGGGGCAGCUUAGGAGGUGGCGGAGUAGGUGGAGGCAGUGGUCUUGGUGGUGGAGGUGGCCUAGGAGGCGGGGGAGGUGUUGGUGGUGGAGGGGGAGUCGGAGGUGGUGCAGGUGGAGGACUAGGAGGAGGUGCAGGUGGUGGUGGAGGUUUUGGCGGAGGAGGGGGUGGUGGUUUUGGUGGUGGAGUUGGAGGAGGGUAUGGAGUGGGUGGAGGUUUUGGUGGUGGAGGUGGAUUAGGAGGAGGUGGUGGAGGUGGCUUUGGAGGAGGAGGAGGUGGUGGUUUUGGUGGUGGUGCCGGUGCCGGUGCUGGUGCCGGCUUUGGUGGCGGUGGGGGCUUUGGAGGUGGCGGUGGCCAUUAGACUAGUCCUCCAUUUCGAAUUAGUACUACUGUACUACUACUGGCUAGUAUUAUUAUUUAUGUUGUUAAAUAAAAGAUCAAAUAAUUUGUUGUUAAAAGUAUUGUGAUAGCCAUUCUCAAAAAAGUAUUGUGAUAUUCUUUAUCUGAUUAUUACCGUACUAGUUUCAUGUUGGGCCUAUCUAGUUAAUGAAAUAGGUUUACGUAACAUAGAGCGUGUAUGGAAUAUUGUUGUAUGAGAUAUAUAUGUAUCGAUUAAAACCUAUCUUCAUAUGUUGAUGAAUAAAAUUAUGUAUAAUGUAUGUCUGUUUCA